GAUGGCUUCCAUGCAGAUCGUGUUCGGCCUUCUUUUGAUUUCAGAACUUGCGCACAUCAGUACAGCUUCCUUCUAUGGUAAAUUGAUGCUUUUUUUUAAUGCAGAAAAGUAUAUUAAAAGGAAAUGUGUGAAUUGUUACCAAUCAAAUAAAUGUAAAAUUUAAGGAAAAAGUUGCUAGCCGAAUCGGAAGAAUGUCAAGGUUAGCUAUAUUUUUGAGCCUGAAAUUUGAAAAUAAUUUAGAAUUUCUGACAAUAUUACAUAAAUGGGUUUCAGACUGAUUUAAAGGUUUGUUUAACAUUUUAUUGUUUUCUGAAAUAAACUGAACAAUAUUUGAGAAAUGAAACAUAAUUUAGUAUAUUUUAACAAAGUUACAUUUAAAAGGUCUGUAUAUUUUUUCUCAUUUUAAAUAAAGUCUGUUAACCAGCAGUUACAUCUGCUGUUGAUGGUAAAUAUAUAUAUAUAUGAUAUAUAUUGAUUAAAUACUAUAUAUUAGUCACUUAUUAUGACAAGCAUUAUUUCUCCUCCAAAAUAUAUAUAAAUCGAUUUAGUGCUGAACUGUAAUCAAAAUUACAAAAAAAAACUUUAAAUGGACACUGCUUAGUAGAUUUUAAAGAGACAAUUUUUUUCUGAAAAUAAUGAAAAUGCAGAACAAUGAAAAGUCAAUUAUUACACUGAAUUCUUGAAUAGUUUUUUUUUAUCACAUUCUUUUUCUAUUAUAAAUUCACUAUGCUCUUACAACAGAUUAAUUAAAUAUACUUUAGUUCAUUUAACACUAUUUAAUUUGCCUCCCAUGUUGGAAUUAGUGUAGGACCCACCGAUAUUGGGAUACUGUGGAGUAGUGGUGGGUUUAACACAAUAUGGCCAUAUGGUGGAACUAAAUCCCCAAAUUUGUUUGCUCGGAUAUGUAACUUUAAGUAACCUCGUAAAAUAUAACAUUUUAUGUUUAUGAGUGCGCUGUUCCUUAACCUGUAUUUAAUACAAAAUAAUUUUGACACAAAAGGUGAAGAGGCACUGCUCAAGUGUGCUUACAAUGUUAAAUUGUCUCAAGCCUGCAUCACAUACCCUGGCACACUGUUAUAAAUCUUUUUAUUUUUCCCCUAUAAUCUAGAUGGGGCUGAGAAAUUGGACAAUGAUUUGAUUCUUAGUGCUGCCGCAGAAGCAAAGAAACUUGUAGAUACUGCUUACAAACACACCCGUGAACUGUACGUACCCAGUAACCUUGUUGGUGUCUAUGUGAAUAAUAUUGGGGCUCUUGAGUGAUCUUUGGGAUGGAGAAUGCUUGUGUGAAAUAAGGCACACUAACAUAACCUUGGAUGUCAUUUUCACAGAAAAUCUCAGCAUCUUGGCAACAAUAUAUUGAUGGAUGCCCAAAAUUGCUAAGUGUAACAGUCUGUAGUUGUGCGUUAACAGGAGAUUACAGCCUGUUUGACCACCUCAGGGAUUGCAGCAUUGUGAAUUAUUAUGAAAUGAAUACAUAUUAUUUAAUAUCUGUAUUUAGUGCAUCUUCUAGCUUAACUAUCAGGGGUUUGGUCGGGAAGGGGUGCUGACCAGUGCAGCAACUUCUAUAGGGUGGAACCCAGAAUGCAAAGAAACCAAUAAACACACAAAUCAAGGCAAAAAAUUUGUGUAUUGAUAUGUAAGGAAGACAGUUAAAUGAAAUACAAGCACAGAUAACUGAAUGUAGCAGAAGGGCCUCUGGAUUAUUAUUAGUAUUUAUAAAGUACCAACAAGUUCCUUGCGCUGUAGGGAAACUUAGGACAAAAGGACAAAACCAACAACAUUAACAUUAAUGAACUGGCAGACAGGAAGGGGAGAGACUCAACAAAACACGGAGAAGUUAAUCUCAAAGUAAGGCCAGCUGGGAACAGAGCGAGAUCUCAGUCUGGGUACAGCAGCCUGGAAUAGCACCACCGACAGGUAGUGGAACUGUGAGGUACCGCACCAGACUGAAAAUUAACCAAAUCGUGACAUUACCUUUGGUCGUCAUUUUUUGGAAGUGUGAAAUCCAUGCACUAUUUGAAGGUGUAAAUUUAGAUUUUUAGAUACCAUGGGCUGGCAAAUAAUUUCAGGACUCAUAAAUGCAAACUAGUUUCAGAUUAUCUGUACAGUGUUCGUUUGGAUAAAUUGUGCUUCUGACAAAAAGGGGAUUAUAAACAUGGCCGCCCCACAGUGCCAGCCCAUGCACAGAACGGAGGUAUUCUACUUUAAUAUUACAAAAUAAUGCACACAAAUUAUAUAAUGCAUCUCAUGUUUUAUUUUAAAUAGCAAUAAUGAAAAUGAUGCCAGUAUUCCUUUAAAGAGUAUGGUACACAGCAGUUAUAUAUUAUUGUAUUGCAAUGUACAGCACAGACUGUACUUUCUACUGAGCAGCUCUGACUGUUCUCGAAUCAUUCCCUACUAAAGGAACCCAGAUCAAUUCAUCUCAAGAGUGGUUUGGAUGUAGUUGUCCUCUAGUUUCAACUCGACAAUGCAAAACAUGUAAUUUAGUAGAUACGGCAACGAUUACAUUACAUGGUUAAACACACCUCUAGUGACUAUCUUCCUUUGACAGCCACUAGAGGCACGUCUGAUGUGAAAACCAGGUCAAACUCAGUUCUCACAGCUAACCUCUAUUUCAUUGGAGGAGCACAGCGCUGGGCACGCAUUCACUUUUGUCCCCAAUGCUCCUCCAUGAGGAGCAAUGGAUUGGAUGAAAAAAAAAAGAUUGGGUGAAGCUUGCAGGAGGCGGAUCGAGUGGCAUAUUGAGUGUCUGUAGGGACUGGAUCUUGGUGCUGGGGGAAAAAAUGAUGAGUUAAAUCCUUUUUUUUUCUCAUUUUUGGGGGGGUACCUUAAGAUAAAUGCAGAGGAGAAUGCUAUAGUGUUAUGAAUACAGGUUUGUAUUACAUAGGACUGUUCCUUUAAUAUUGAAAGACCCUCUUAACAAUCUCGAGCAGCUGCCAACACAUUCUGCACAGACUAAGAUCUAGAUCAGGGAUAGGCAACCUUCGGCACUCCAGAUGUUGUGGACUACAUCCCCCAUAAUGCUAUUACACCCAUAAUGCUAGCAAAGCAUCAUGGAAGGUGUAGUCCAAAACAUCUGGAGUACCGAAGGUUGCCUAUGCCUGAUCUAGAUUCUGAGGAUGCACAGACUAUAUCUAAAGUCACAUAAACCAAACACUAAAGUGCGCUGUGUCUUUAAGACUUAAGUGUCUUAUAUAUCUUCAUAUGUCAUCAUAUCUAAAGUCAGGUUACAGGAUUCUUGCAUGGACCAUAUCUAAAGUUAGGUUACGGUUUUACUAAACAUUUAUUCAUUUGUACAGUUAUAUAAAAAAUUCUCAAGGUUUCCUUCUAAGAAAAAUAACAGUUUGUGACUUCAACAGCAACCAGGUCUUAUACAGGAUCGCAAACCAACCAGUCUUAUAUGUACUGUUUAUAAUAUGUUUCAUUAUAUACAGUCAUCAUUAAAGUAAAACAUAAAGAAUUUAAUGUAUGUAUAUAUAUUUCUAGUCUCAAGGAGCGCCUUAAAAGUAAAAAUGUCAGUCCACAUGAAGUCAUGGCAUUCUUCAAACAACCCGUGGCCAUCAGUCGAACACAUAUCCGUUCUGCUGACUACAUGCAGACCACCCUUCAACUUCUGGCGGAGAAGGUUCACAGCAUCUACAAAAACCCUUUUAACAUCUCAGGUACACUAUUAUUAUAAUGCUUUAUUAUUCUAUUAUUAUUUAUAAUAGGGGAGAUAUACUAAAUCAAGGGCCAGCAAGCUAUCACACGUGUGCCAUGCAUGGCUCUUGAAGUGUUUUUACAUGGCACUCAAGGUUGCUAGAGGCACACAGGCCUAUAAGGAGUCCCAGUGGAACUUAAGAUAUCUGCUAGUGCAAAAAGGGGGUGAGGGACAAUCCUCAAGUUACGCAUUGCAGCACUUAGAGGAAGUGAUCUCAGAUCACUUCCUCCCCGCACUUGUGAAAAGUAGAGCAGCCAACAGCAGCUUUCGUUGCUCCUGCCCUUGACCUGUACCUGGUCAACUCCAGGGAAGCCACCCACACUGCUAGAUAUACACAGAGCUGCAGAAGAAGCUUCCCCCUCAUACAAAUAAUACAAACAGACUCGGUCUCCUUAAACACAACUCCACUGACAAUCCAUUUACACGUACACAACUCCACAAGCAGCCUCUCACAUGCAAUACCAUGCAAAGGGCCAUGAACCAGCCUGGAAAGUGGUAGGGGCUGGUAUUGGUAUGAAUGUGUGCCAAUCAAUAAGGCCAGCCCUCUGAGGGAAGGACAUGCAGGGAGCACUGUGUCAGUUCUCUCUGCAGUGCCCUGAGUGUAGCAUAAGUGCAUUGAAUGAUUCCCAAAAGCAGGACACCAUGGAAUAAAGUCAAGAUUUUGAGACAGGACCCAUAUCAGGACUGUCCUACUAAAAUCAGGAUAGUUGGGAGACAUGGCAUUUUGUUAGCAUCGUUAUCUGUUAUUAAAUGAGAUCUCACAAAAUUGAAAAUAGCUGCACAAUAAAAUUUCUCUAAAACACAACAACCUCCACAGCUUGUAGUAGCGAGUAAUGAAGGUGUGAGGCAGCCAAUUUACAACAGACAAAAAGCACUUUUCAAAAACAAUAGUGGAGGUGCCAGGUCAAUUAUGGAGGCGCCAGGGAGUCUUGGCAAGAUAAGCAGUACAGUGAGCUGUAGUGAUUGUGGUGUUAGGAGUGUUCCUUUAAAUAUUUACUAAAUUGUGAAUUAUGACCUUAGAUUUGAAAUUCACUUUGAGAACUUUGCUUGUGUCAUACUUACUGCCAGAGUUACCAGAGUGGUUUAUAACCAGAUAUAGCUGUUUGCUUAAAAUGCCUAAAGACUUAAAAAAAAAAAAAAAGUAGUUACUAUAAAACAAGCUAAUUUUUUUUAAGCUGCUACUUAAACUUAAAGGGGGACUGCCACUGCAGUUUUAACAUGAUGUUUCAAGUUAAAAUGGACAUGUUACCUUCCCAAAUUGUUAUUUUAUUGGGGCAAUCCAUAGUGACCUAAUGUGCAUUAUUAAGGCAUCGUACUAAUAAAUAUCAUCUCUUUAAUGGAACAUUUCAAGCACCAUAACCACUAGCAUUGUACUGGUUGGUUAUAGUGCUAGAAGUGCACUGCCACCCUCCAAUCUCUCAAUCUGUGAAUGGUUGGACAACUUACCUGUGGUCUUCAAGCCACUGGUCACCUCCUCCUUUGCUGCUUUAAGCUCCCAGGACUUAACCUAGCCUGGCAGUGCAGGGCUUAGCUCAAUAGAGCUUAUGGAAUGGAAGACGUUUCAGGUACACAGGAGGCUGUGACCACCGGCAUCUGGUAGAUACUCGUUAAGUUGUAAGUUCACAAACAGUUUGACUACUUUUCCUGGAAGUGCACUCCUGGCACCAUAACCACUACAGUGUCAAUUCUUCAAUUGGAAAUGGAAUGUUUGGGCACUGUUAGAAAAUGUAGUUAGAAAAUGGGAGAUGAAUGGAUUGCCAUGGCGCUUCCUCAGGGCCAUCUAUAAUAUGAUUAGGACCCUGGGCAAUGCAUUUUCUUGGGCCCCCUGGGCCCUGCUCCUUCCCCCCCAAUCCUCUAAUUACACCCAACCCGCAAUCACACUGACAGACAUACUGACACAUACGCACACAGACAUAUUAAAACAUUCUCAGAUACAUACUGACAUACACAUACACUGACACACAAAUAUAUACUGGCAGACAUAUUGACACACAUUCAGACAUACUGACACACACACAGACACACAUUCAUGAAUACACAGACACAUAAACUGACAAAUAUACUGACACACACAGACGCAUACACUGACAGACCUAUUGACACACGCACAAAGGCAUUCUGACACAGACACACAGGCAGACAUACUGACAAACACACAGACAUACUGACACACAGACAGACAGACAUACUGACACACACACACAGGCAGACAUACUGACACACACAGACAUACUGACACACACACAGACAUACUGACAAACACACACACAGGCAUACUGACAUAUACAGACACACACAGACAUACACACAGACAUACUGACACACACACACUGACAUACACAUACAUACACAAUCAUACUGACAUACACACACACACACACACAGACAGACAUAGACAUACACACAGACUUAGUGACACACAGACAUACUGACAUACACACACACACAGACAGACAUAGACACACAGAGACAUACUGACACUCACAGACAGACAUACUGACAUGCACACAGACAGACAUUUAGCCACCCUCCAGUUUCUUACCUUUUUCUGGAGGGUGGUUUCCCUGGUCCAGUGGCAGGCUGAGGCAGAUGGGAGUUCUCCUCUGGAACUCCCCUCCCUCCCUGCGUGGUUGUGAUCUCCGGUGGGAGGAAGUGACGCACGGCACUCACUUCCUUCCAGCCGGCUGCCGAAGAGGAAGGGGCCCGGUCGCGCUGUUUAAGUGUCACAGCGCCCGACCGGGCCCCUGCUGACACAUGCCCACCGGGUGGCCCUUAGUGCAUGGGCCACCCGGGGGCCCUCUUUAGCGUGCGGCUGGUGUGGAUCUUUGCAGCCGCCCCGCCAGGUCCAUGGGAGCUGCUCAAAUCACGGGGCCCACGAGACAGCUGCUCUGGGGCCCCUCAGGAGCAACUGGGCCCGGGGCAGCUGCCCCGUUUGCCCCGCGUUUAAGACAGCCCUGCGCUUCCUAGAAUUAUCAGGUGAAUUAAUUGAACUAAUAACAUUGUCCCUAAAAUAUAACUUAAUAGAUUCCAAAUAAUAGUCAAUCAAAUACCCGGAUGGCAACAGCUCCAACUGUAAAGUAAAGAAGCUGAUUAAUAGAAUUAGUAAGGUACAUUGUGCUCACUAUUAAAUGUGCAACUUUUCAAAGUCUGUAUACAUUUGGACACUUUAUAAUUGGCUAAGCAGGAAUACGAUAACAUUUUUGGUUGGAUAACCAUCAGUCAGUCAUACAGGAUUAUUCACUGAAGUGAUAAUUCAAGGUGAAUUCAAAUUGAAUUUCAAAUGUAAGUUUAACCCCUUAAGGACCAAACUUCUGGAUUAAAAGGGAAUCAUGACAUGUCACACAUGUCAUGUGUCCUUAAGGGGUUAAAGGGGCACUAUAGUCACCAGAACAACUACAGCUUAAUGUAUUUGUUAUGGUUAGUAUAACGAGUCCCUUCAUGCUUUUAAACACAGUUUUUUUCAGAGACAAUGCAGUGUUUACAUUACAGCCUAGUGAUAACUCCACUGGGCACUCCUCAGAUGGCUGCUAGAGGUGCUUCCUGGGACAGUGCUGCACAGUGAGCAGCACUGACAAUCAGUGUGUCCACCCUCUGCAUAGAGACACUGAACUUUCCUAAUUUCAAUGCAUCUCUAUGAGGAGAUGCUGAUUGGCCAGGGCUGUGUUUCUGGCUCUGCCCCUGAUCUGCCUCCUUGACAAGCUCAGCCAAUCCAAUGCUUUUUUAUGGGAAAGCAUUGUGAUUAGCCGAGUUCACUACAUCUGUUGAUGUCAACCAAGGAGGCAGAUCAGGGACAGAACCAGCAGCAGCAGACUGGAAUAAAGGUAAGCGUUUACUAUAUUUAGGGAGGCAAGGGGAGCAAGGGGAGCCGGGAUAGUUUUUUUUUAACACUAUGGGGUCAGAAAUACAUGUUUGUGUUCCUGACCCUAUAGUGUUCCUUUAUAGUAGCUUAACUGGAAAAAUUCUCCAAGUCAGCUAUGCUUUCAGUUUGGCUACUCUGGCAUUUAAAUUUGAAAUUUGAAUUCUGACUUUAGUGAAUAACCCUGAUAGUUUCACAGAGAACUAAUGCCUUUCGUCAGUCUUAUGGUAUUAUUACACCGAUCAGGGCUAACAGGAUCAGGAUAUGUGAUGGUCUAAAUAUAUUCUGUUUCUAUUCGACAGAUGUGCUGACCGCAAACCAGCUAGAUACCAUAUAUAAAGUUUCAGGAUGUGCUUUUCUAAAUUUGCCGAAAUCUUGCACAAACAGUCGUUAUCGCACUAUCAAUGGAGAAUGCAAUAACAGGUGAGUAGGGUUGGGAUAAGCAUAAAAUAGACUAGGUAUGCAAGGCAUGGAACUCAUUGGUGGUGGACAGGGGCCCUAAGAAUAAUAAUUAGGGGAGAAGACCUAAUGUCCCCUGUUUUUUUAUCACAAGUCCCAAAUUGUUGGCCAGUCUCUAGAUUUAACACCUUAGUAGACAUGCACCAACCUGCCAUAUCGCAGAUUAGGGCAUAGGUAGGUCCUUACUUACAGUAAUAUGCAGAUAUUUUUGAUUCCCCAUAGCCUUUUUAUUUAUCUUACUUUUUUAAUGUGGUGGCUGGCUAGCAAGCUUUGGCCUGCUGCUGCAUAAUUAACCCUUGUGCCAUCAAGGAUUUUUUUUUUUAAAUCUAUUUGCUAUCUGGUUGCUGGUGAUCCAGCAGGUAAAUAGUUUUUUGUUUUUUUUUAAGAUAUGAAUACUCAGGGCCUGGGUUUAAUUUACUUGGUACAACUUUCGUCCGGCAGCGUUCGGUACAGCCGAAAUCUGGCCCAAAUUCGGGAGCGUUCAGGGCCCAUUUUCAAAUAGCAUUAACAAUGUCCAGAAUGUGCUAUCCAAAUGGCCCUGCGGGCAGCCGGCCAUUCGGACUUAAGUGAUAUACCCUGUAUAUCUGUAAUUGUGCUCGUUAGGAGAAUAUAUAUAGAAAAUGUCUGUAUCCAGUCAUUCUAGUUGAGAAGACUUUUUCAUCCAGCAUUUAUUUAUUAUUUAUUGGUAUUUUUGCACAAAACAUAUACUAGAAAAAGAAAACCAUAAACAAUGGUCUGAGAUUGCCUAGUCCUUGUAUGGCUACAAGCACAUUCAUUGGAAAAGCAUGUUUAACCUACAACGGAUCAAUGAUAAUUUAUCUUCUCCUGAGAAACAGGUCAUUAGAGACACUUCUGAGGCAUGGAUUUUACUGCCUAUGUAUUAAUGAACAGAGCUAUGAGGACUCAGGUGUUGAUGAUAAAUAAAUAGUACCUUCCAUGUAGGGCAAGAUUAAUUGACAAUGGUGUGGACUGUGAUUACCCUUAAGGCGUUAAAAGUAAUUAAAGAUGUGUUGCUGAGACUGGCUGAUGUUCUGCCUGUAUACAUGAUGACUUCGCAACUUACUGUCCCAGUUAAUAUUGCCAGCACUUGUUUACAUGGAAUGUUUUCUCAAUGUGUUUGCAGGAGAUUCCCCGACUUUGGAGUUUCCAACAGGCCCUACAUUCGCUUGCUGAGGGCACAGUAUGAAGAUGGUAUAUCCCUGCCACGUGGCUGGACAGAGGAUCGAAAAAUUAAUGGCUUCGCUUUGCCUCUGGUAAAGAGACCAUUUUGUGUGCCCUUUAGGAUUUACUGUGAUUCUUUGAUUUCACUAAAAGGAACUCGUCUGAUAGCUAUUGUUACCUUUCUUAAUAUUGAAGUGCAGCAGCUGUGCACCUCUGUGACAUAUGAGUUCUGUGAAUUUGCAAACAAUUUGUAUUAGGUUUCUAAUUCUCCUGAUAUGCUCCUAACAUUGGUGAAACGUCACUGAUGCUGCCCAAAGGGGGAAGGCCCGCCCAGAAAGGGUCUGCCCAAAGAUUAGGCAUUUCAGCCUGGCGUGAAUGCACACCAGGCUGCCUGGCAAUUAAGCAGGCCUGCACCAUGAACGACGGACUAUGCAGAAAGCACUAUUACAGUCCUAGUGUCCUUACUGCAGUGGAAGCAUGUCUAAUGAGGCACUCACGCUGUGCUUCACGGGGACAGAAAAUCUCCCAAUGUUCGAACAUUCUACACAGUUUUUUAACAUGACGGAGCAAAUAAGCAUUGUCAUGUAACAAUUUAUAGUAAUUUUCUUCUUAAUUACAUCCAUACUGCUCUCAUGUAAUUCUUAUCGGUGAAUUACAUAAUGCUUAUUAAUAGUAUGAUUUCCCAUUUGAAGAUGUCGCCAGUGUCUCCAAACGGGAAAACACACCAUUAGUAGGUAUUAUGUGUCAUUAUUAAUAUGUCUAUUAAACGGUAUCAUACCAGUAUAGCCUUGCUCCUCCUUCUCUUCCCGCCUUGUCUUCGUAAUGUGUGAGACACUGAUAGUUGCUUUGCCUAAUUUUUAAAAUUCACCUCACGCCUAAAGUAAUGUGUAUAGUUACUCAACGCAACUAACAGUGUCACACACAUCAUAGAGACGAGGCCCGUAUGGAAGGAGGAUUGAGGCUAUUCAAGUGCCUGUUAAGAGACUUGGGGAGUGCUAACAGUCAAUGAGUUAGUGGGCAAAAUACUUGCCUUACCCCGGUCUCUGGCAACCCACGCUACAACACUGCAAUUGUGAGGCCUGCACUAGUGUGCUUUAAGGCAUCUCAACAUAUGCAACAAAAACACAUUUACUUCAGGGCUUUAAUAGGUUGAGUGCAGUCCUUCAAUGUGUUUUUUAAGAAGUGUCAGCUUAACUAAUAUGAAUAAAGCGGAAAACGUCACUUCCCAGCAUUUUUAAUAUUAUUUUUACAUAUCCUUAUACUUAACAAAUAUAUUUUUGUGAGGUGUAAAAAAAUGAAUUGAAACAUAUCAAUCCAGACCUCUUUAUCCUGCAGCAAGCUUGUUUAUUUUGUAAUUUGACGCCAUAUUGGAUUUGACUCUAUUCUUCCCACAGGCACGAGCAGUGUCCAAUCAGAUUAUACAAUUUCCAGAAAAAGAGCAGACAUUGGACAGGCAGCGUUCUCUCAUGUUCAUGCAGUGGGGACAGUGGAUUGACCACGACAUUGAUCUUGCCCCUGAGACUCCAGCGAGGUCAACCUUCUUGAAAGGAAUUGAUUGCGAUGUCAGCUGUGCUCGAGAGCCACCCUGCUUCCCUCUGAGGGUAAGUUAUUUGCAUUUUGCAAAAGUCAAUGUGAUGCAGUCAAAAAUGUAUAAGACAUUUAGGUGUGAAUUUUUCUAGUAAAAAGAAAGAGACGGAAAAAAGGUGAAAAUCCUUGUGACCGCCAGCUUGUUUAUGAGAAUGUUCCAUAGAAAUUUUUUUUGCAGUUUUAUUUGCUACUGUGACACAGUGUCUGGAACCUCCUAUUAUCCUGCAGUUAUAAUGUACUUUUAUUAUUUCUUCAACCUCUAAACCCAUGGAUACCUUCUAUGAGAUGACAAAGGGUCAGAGGCGGCUCUCUAAUUAGGCAAUUUAGGCAGCUGCCUAAAUCACCUUAGGCAGAGUGACAUGUCUGGUCCUCAGACCCAACACAGGAAGUGGCCCGGCUGCUUCCUCUGUAUGGCGCCAGGUGCGAGGCCCCUCCACACUGCCUGUCCUGGCAGAGAGCCAGCCUCCUGUCUGCAGCUCCGCAGGGAGAGCUGCAGACUGAGGUGUCUCGCAAUCUCCAGCCAAUAAGAGCGUUGCCGCGGGUUAUCUUGGCAACGCUCUGACUGGAGAUCGCAAAACUUACCACGUGGUCUGCAGCUCUGCACUUGGCAGAGCUCUGCCAUUUUAAUCCUGUCACUCUCACCCCCUCCAAACAUACCACACUCACCGACGCUCGCUUUGCCGUAUUUACCCUAUCAUAUUAAUCCCCCAAUCCUGCUAGACUCACCUUCUCUCGCACUGUCACAUUCACCUCCUUCACCCUGCUACACUCACCCUACCACAUAAACCCCUCCAAUCCUGUCCUCCAACUGUGCCCCAAACCCUGUUACACUCUCCCCCACAAUUCUGCUACACUCACCCUGUUAAAUUAACGUCCCUUAAUCUUGUCACACUCCCUCCUCCAAACAUAGCACAUUCACCCCGAACCUGUGAUACACACCCCCAACUAUGCCACACUCACCCUGUCACAUUAACCUCCUCCAAUCCUGUCACACUCCCUCCUCCAUCCAUGUCACAACCCCCCUAGCAUACUCCCCCUCUCUUAUUCUGUCACACUCACCUUCCCAACCCUUUCUCACUAUGUCAAACUCACCCUGUCACACUCACCAACUGGAGAUAUUCAUCUUUCACACACACAUGAAACGUAGCUGUGCCAUAACACAAUGCACAAAGGUCAACACAGCGCAAGCAGCUACCCCACACACAAAGGUCACAGACACAUGCUCACAAAGACAUACAUUCACACUCAAGGAUACUCUUGGUCAGACAAAAACUUUCAGGCACAUACACAGGUAGACAAUGUCAGACAAACUCAGAAAUACACACACCUGCACUUAUGUAUACAUGACGUGUUUAUUACAUUUGUUUAUUACAAAUUAAUUUAGUUUGCAAAUGAUGCCAUAACUACAGUCAGAGAUCUCACAAUGCAGCGGCACAGGGAUCUGCAACACUGCAAGCCUCUGAACAAUGAAUACCAUGAGACAAUGAAUAGCUCUCUGUAUCUGGUGCUGUAAGCCCAUCCUUCAAAAUAAUGACAGCACCUUAUCCACACAAACAAUAAAACCCUAUUUAUUUUCAUUUUGGGUUUUAGUGGGGGCCUCAUUUGAGUUUCGCUACCCUUUGCCUGUCUUUAUACAUUUUGGAUUCUGGAUUUGAAUAAUUACAUUUACCAGUAAACCUACCAUUCCACCACAGUUCAAAUCAACUAUCCCCUGUUGUGUGAUUAGGCCAGUGUCCCUCUCUCUAUAUAUUUUACAGACCGGCACUUUUCAAGAAAUAUAAAUGCAUCCAUCCUGGCAAAAUACUUUCUUCAUAAUAUUUUUUUUUACUAGUUAUUUGCUGUAUUCGCUAGUAUAUACUUUAGAAAUUUGAUGAUGAGAAAAUCCUAAGUAAGAAAACUCUUAGCAUGUAUUUAAUGGACUGCUUUUCACUCUCACAGAUUCCUCCAAAUGAUCCCCGAAUCCGCACAUCAGACUGUAUCCCACUCUUCCGCUCUUCCCCAGCCUGUGUAAAAGGUUCCCCUAUACGUGAGCAGAUGAACGUUUUAACAUCCUACGUUGAUGCCAGUCAGGUCUAUGGCAGCACCAACAAAGUAGCCAGUGAGCUCCGGGACAAUAGCAACCAACUCGGCCUAAUGGCCGUCAAUGAUAGAUUCAAAGACAAUGGCCUUGACUACUUGCCCUUCGCCAAAGGAGAAGAAGACUUCUGUCUACUGACUAACAAGACAUCUGGGCUGCCAUGUUUCUUUGCAGGUGAGUCCUGAACAGGGUCAGUAGAAAUUACAAUCCUGACUACAAAAAUGUGAUUAGUUAUGAAAUGGAAUUUUUUGAUUAAUUUGCACCUUCAAAAAUCAAUCUAAUCCAAUGUAAUAAAAAGAGAAUACUGGUCUUCUAUGUCUCUGACUACAGUAAGAAUGCCAUAGAAUGUCCUCUAAUACACAGAUACAGAGUUUGCAGACUGGUCUCAGAACCAGGAACCAAGGAAUACAUUUUUAUUCUGAAUGCAGAGACAACCAGUGUUCCGUACCAGGUUGAGGGAAGGGGGGUGGUUAGGGGGACUGCACCAAGUGUUUCCACAAAAGUCGCAAAUCCCAUAGGUUGGCCUGCAACACACAUAUGAAAUCAACCUUGGCAUCAGCCGGCAAAGGGUUACAAGAGAAGUUGGAGUAGCACCUUGAUGUGUCCACAGGUGGUAUAUGGAGAAGAAUGGGACAAUGGAGGAUAAUAUAGUGAAGUAUAUUAUUCAAAUGGCCUGUGGAAGUAAAAGAGACACACUUACAAGAAACAGAAGUUGCUCCAAUUCCAUGCGCUUGAGUGGUACAAAGCCCAAUUAAAGAUAUGCAAUAUGUCUAUUAGUCCGGGUGGAUAAUCCAACAUGUGAAAUAAAAAACUAAAAUAUAUAGUGUAGUAAAUUUGGAAACAUAUAGACCUGUAGAUAAGUGAAUGAAAUUGCACUCACGUGUGAUGGAGCCUUCUACAUGGCAUGGCUCCCACUCUAUAUAUUGAUGGUACAGUGCUUCUCCAUGAGAUAUAUAUAUGAAAAUAUGCCAAAAUAUCAGAAUAUACCAGAAUAUUGCAGUAUGCAAUGAAACCUUUUUUAUUGGACUAACAUAAUAUUUCAAAGACAAGUUUUCGAGAGAUACCUCUCUUCCCCAGGUCUGAAGCAAUACAAAUCAAUCUAAUAGAGGAGACCACUUAAAACAACUUAAAACAACGCCCUCCCCUUCUCUAACAUCAUUUGUUUUAAGUGUUCUCCUCUAUCAGAUUGAUUUGUAUUGAUUUGUUCAGACCUGGGGAAGAGAGGUAUCUCUCGAAAGCUUGUCUUUGAAAUAUUAUGUUAGUCCAAUAAAAAAGGUAUCAUUGCAUACUGCAAUAGUCUGGUAUCUUGGCAUCUUGUCUAUGGGACUAAUACGUCUAAUCCAAUCUACACUGUAAUAAAAUAGAAUCAGAUAUAUAGAGCACACUGUGAAUACAAUUAGAUACAAUUCCAGUUACCUGCUCUAGAACAUAAGGGCUCUUCAAAAAUGGUCAUACAAUCAUUAUUUCUCUUGGUCAUUAUUGUGACCAGUAACUGUAUAUAAACAUAGAAUGUGACGGCAGAUAAGAACCAUUCGGCCCAUCUAGUCUGCCCAAUUUUCUAAAUACGGUCAUCAGUCCCUGGCCUUAUCUUAAGUCUAGGAUAACCUUAUGCCUAUCCCACGCAUGCUUAAACUCCCUCAUUGUGUUAACCUCUACCACUUCAGCUGGAAGGCUAUUCUAUGCAUCCACUACCCUCUCAGUAAAGUAAUACUUCCUGAAAUUAUUUUUAAACCUUUGCUCCUCUAAUUUAAGACUAUAUCCUCUUGUUGUGGUAGUUUCUUUUAAAUAUAGUCUCCUCCUUUACUGUGUUGAUUCCCUCUAUGUAUUUAAAUGUUUCUAUCAUAUCCCCCGUCUCGUCUUUCCUCCAAGCUAUACAUGUUAAGUUCCUUUAACCUUUCCUGGUAAGUUUUAUCCUGCAUAGUUUCAUCCUGUAUCAUUAUGUUCAUCAGGGGAUGCUCGCGUAAGUGAACAGCCUGGACUGACUGCAUUCCAUACAAUCUUUGUGCGAGAACACAACCGUAUAGCCACUGAGUUGAGAAGGCUAAACCCAAGAUGGUCAGGAGAAGUUUUGUACCAGGAGACAAGAAAAAUUAUUGGAGCAAUUACACAGGUGAACCAUUUCCUACAAACAUCCUCGGAUAAGAACAAUAAAAGGUCAAUGCUAUAUAUUACUGAUUUGGUUUGUAGUGAAACCUGCACGUAAAAAAUAAUUUUUAAUUCUAAUUGUAUUAACCAUGACAGUAUCUGUUUAUAUUAAACUUUUUUUGUUAAUGUGAAUCAGUUGGGCACAACACACAGAGAAGUCAUAAAUGUUACUUCUCAAGGCAACAGGACAUCAGAUAAUUGGCAUUCAUAAAUUUCACGAUACUUUCUGUUUGAAAAGGUAUAAUAUAACAUAGAACCCAAACAAAGACAAUAUUUCUUUAAAAGAAGAAUCAGAUCAUUUAAAGGGUAACUGUCAUUAAAAAUGUAAUAUCUCAAUAUAAUCUAUCUAAUAUAUCUGAUAUAUUAUGUGAUUUAUAAUACACCAUAAUUUCAAUAUUUUGUUAUUCACGUAUAUUAACAUUUCUGAAGAAAUCACCUACCUACCUUUCGUGUACUUUUUGCCUACAGCAUUUUCUGUAAAGCGAUUUUGAAAAACAGUUGCAAAAUAGUAAGCAUUGGCUGGGCUAUACCUAAAGAUGGUACAUUAUAACAUAAAGAUAUGAAAAUAUUAAAAAUGUUUAUAACCGUUAUCAUUUUAAGUACACAAGUAAAACGCAUCCUAUUUUUUCUAAUUACAGCUUAAAAGAACACUAUGGUGUUAGGAAUGAAAACCUGUAUCCUUAACCUGUCCCUAUUUCUGUAGGUCCCCCUCAUUGAGUAAAGGGUUAAAUACCCUUCUAUACUUUAAUUACAUCACAUGGGAUCAGUCAACGCUGCCUAGGUCUCAACCUUCCGCUACGUCACGGCAUCUGGGGAAGCUAAAGUGCAUGCAUAAAAUCAGUUAGGGAGGGCAGCUCCUCUAGCGGCUAUCUGGAAGACAGCCACUAGAGGAGGACUUAAACCUGCAAUGUAAACAUGGCAGUUUAUCUGAUUAACCCCUUAGGUGCUAGGCCUUUUCUUAGUGGUGUCAUCAGCCAGCCAAUAAAUGUUGACACCUUACAGUUUUUGACUUUACCAGCUCUACAUAAGAUAGACGAUAGAAUGCCGUCACUGGACCACCAGGGAGUAUCGGAGCCUCACAGGGACCCAGAUAAGGGGGCCAACCUCUGCUAACGCAGGCCAGGUUACUCCUGGCAUCAUAACCACUUCAUCAGGCUGUAGUGGUUAUGAUGCUUAGAGUAACCCUUUAAAUGUUAUGUCACCAUAGAUAGGAAAACAUCAUCAAGGCUUUUGGUGACCAAUACAUUUUAUUUUAGUGUUCGGGGUUGGUCAUUUGAGUUAUGUGUCAGCAGAUAAAAUAAUGUGCUUAUACUUAUAAACUUAAGUACUUAUACUUAAAACGAAAACAAACAACACAAUACUUUAAACCACACAUUAUUUCAUACUCUGUUUUCGGUGGCUCUUACCUAUGUAAAUAUGCUUUCUUUGGCAGAAAAUCAACUACAAGGACUGGGCUCCAUUGCUGCUCGGUACUGAGACGCCUCGGGUGUUGCCACGGUACCGGGCUUAUAAUGACAGUGUGAACCCUGGAGCAUCAAACGUCUUCAGUUUAGCAUUCCGGAUGGGCCACACCAUGAUCCAACCCUUCAUUUAUCGGCUGGUGGACGGUUACAGGACCUCAUCACAGUUGCCUCCUGUUCCUCUUCACCUAACAUUCUUUAACACCUGGAGAGUUGUGAGAGAAGGUAACAUGGACACUUGUGCUUUAACAUAUUUUUUUUGCAAUUCUUUAAUUACCAGAUGAUUAUGAAAUGUUCAGGCACGCCAUUCAAAACAAUCACCUUUAUUAUUAUUUGAUGGCAAAAUUCUGGGAGGCAAGGAAGAUGCAUUAGGAAUCUCAGAAUAAUAGGGCUAUUGGAACACCUCCAAAAAAGUAGAAGUGCAGAAGGCCCAAAGGCAGUACACAAAACCAGGAGGUGUUAUUAAAAAGUGCGUGAAAGCAGCACUUUUGCAAAAUUAGGUAGCAUGCUGUUCAACCCGAAAGUGCAGAUCUUUGGAGCCUCUGAAUUGACAUAGGCUGGCCUUACUAUAAGAAGUAUAUAUUACAGGUUACAUAUGGUUUUCCCUCAAGACUAAUCUGGCACUGCUACAGUCAAUAAUUGUAUUAUCCCCUUGUUUUAUCUGUGGUAGGGGGUGUUGAUCCUCUUCUUCGUGGUCUUAUGGCUAAUCGUGCCAAGCUUAACCGUCAGAACCAGAUUUUGGUGGAUGAACUGCGUGAACAUCUCUUCGAACUCUUCAAACGACUUGGCCUUGACCUGGGGGCCAUCAACAUGCAGCGUGGCAGAGAACAUGGACUCCCAGGUAAAACGUAUAAGUUUAUCCCUCAUGUGUCUAAUACUAAGGCCAAAAUCCUUUAGUCACUGCACUGGAAUGAUUCCAGCUUAUACAUACCAUGUGCAUGUUCAAGUGCAAAUAGGAUACGUUUUAUCAAGGUAUAAGGUCAACUGUUUGUGGUGUAAUAAUAAUAAUAAUAAUAUUGUUUCUAUUGUGCAAAAACAUUGCACAAUACUAUUCCAGUUUAUUCUAUUAUAGAAUUAUUUUCUUUUUUCAGUUUUUAUGUAUAGAUCAUGCCCCUGCAGUCUCCUCGCUCAAUUCUCUGCCAUUUGGGGGUUAAAUCACUUUGGUUUCUGUUUAUGCAGCCCUAGCCACACUUCCCCUGGCUGUAACUUACACAGCCAACAUCAAAAAUGGUUUUAUGUGCAACCAGAUCUUACAGCACAGUGUGUUUACUUUAGAAGUGUCACAAUACCUGUCUCUCACUGCACUGUGCGAUUAGAGAAAUUAUGUGUUUUUUGCGUUCUGAUGCACAACCAUCCAUCCCUAGCUUCCUGGUGCCUCUUUGUGACAUCAUUUAUGACUUGGAACCCUCCCAUUGUCUCAUUUUGUACUGUCAGCCUAUGUGUCACUUUUUUAUGUAGCUUGUGACAUCAUGGUACUCUGUAACCAAUCUCAACCCAGUAUAGGGUAUAUAUACUUCCUGGUUGUUCUUGUUUCUUUUCUCUGUCGUGGUUCUAGUAACCUGAGAGUCUGUUUAUAUUGUGUAUUGGAUUUCCUGUUUUCUGACCUCAGUUUGUUAUUUCUAGUCUUGUUAUCCUGAUCUUGGCCUGGCUAUCAAUUCUGUGUAUUUCUGUUAUCCUGACCUUGGCCUGUCUCUCGUUUAUUCUCUGUCUGCUUGCAGACAUUUCAUAUAUCUGUCUCAUGUUCUUACCAGGCCACUCUAAGGUACAUGAACCUUUACUGUUUCCCUUAGGUCUGCGUGUUAGGCAGGGCUGGUGCAAGGAUUUCUGCCGCCCUAGGCAAGAUCCAUUUUGCCGCACUCAUGAAAGCAAAUACAAUCUCACAGAGGUUUAUUCACUAAAUUCUGAAUUGCAGUGAGUUGAAAACCAAAUUGCAAAGUUUAAGCAAAAACAGCUGUGACUGCAGCCGAAUUGGAGAAUUCUUCUAGAUUAGCUAUUUUGGCCUAAAUUUUGCCAUAUGGUUUUCAGUUAGGUCUGCCUAAUACAUACAUACUGCUUAAUACCUACAUCCAUAAACACACACUGCCUAAUACCUACAUCCAUACACACAUACUGCCUAAUACACACAUACUGCUUAGUGCGUACAUCCAUAAACACACAUUCUGCCUAAUAGAUAAAUCCAUACACACAUACUGCCUAAUACAUGCAUCCAUAUACACAUACUGCCUAAUACCUACAUCCAUACACACACUGCCUAAUACAUCCAUCUGUACACACAUACUGCUUAAUACCUACAUCCAUACACACAAAUUGCCUAAUGCAUACAUUGUACAUUGAAUACAUAAUUUAGCGCUGUAAAUAAAUGCUGCAUUCAAUGCAUUUGUUGAAAUUAAUUUAUAAUAAGACUAGCACAGAUGAGCACACACUGACAGAUACACUCACUCACUGGCAGACACACUCACUGACAGACAUACAUCACUCACUGACAGACACACAGUCACUAAAAGACACCCACUGACAGACACACAUACUGACAGACACACACACACUCACAGUCAGACACUCACUGACAUACAUAAACUCACUCACAGACAGAAACACAUACACAGACACACACUCACUUUCAGUCAAACACUCACAAACAAUUUUAUUUUUUGAGGCCCAUCCAGCCUUCCUACCUCUCUUGGGUCCAGUGUGGGGCAGCUCCUCACUCCUCCCACCUGCUGUUUAGUAUGCCGGGGCCGGAAUGACGUCAUAUUUUGUCUCUCAGCAUCACAGAGGGCGCGCAAGGGAGGAGUGAGAAGCUGUAAGAACAGCCUUCCUUGCCGCCCACUCUUGCCUGCCUUUUCCUUCUCCCUUUCCUCCAGCAUUUAUCUGCAAAGCAGGCAUCUAUCAUUAAGGUAAGCAGAUGCCUGCUCUGCCAUACUGAUUAAAGCACAGCUUUGGGGGCACCCUAAGGUGGUCAAAUGGACACCUCCUGGAACCCCUGUGACAGGGCUCCUCUCGGUGCCCCCCAAAGUGCUCCGGCCCAAGAGAGGGGCAACCCACCAAGAAACAUCCUGGUGGGUGCCCAGGGCCAUCUUUAAUUUUGAUUGGACCCUGGGCAAGCAUUUACUUGGGCCCCCUGGCUAUAUAUAGAUACACACAAAUACACUACCUGACACACAUGCAGAUACACACUGACCGCAUGUAGAUACACACAAGAACAUACAGAUACACACAGACUACAUAUAGAUACACUGACACACACAUAGACAUACACACUGGGUGGCCCUAAGUGCAUUCUGGCACCCUAGGCAUAUUCCUAAUUUGCCUAACGGAUUCGCCAGCCAUGGUGUUAGGGUAUCUCUAUUCCUGACAAGAAGUUCUUAUCUCCUACUCUGUUAAUCAAACUUUAGCCCCCUUAAGGACAAAGGCAAUUGUGCGAUCUGUGUUUGUUUCACCAUAAUCUAAGGGUUUUUCUCUAAAGGGUCUCUACAGGCAUCCACACUUUUUAAUGAAGUGGUCCAGGUGCCAGACCUCUGUCUUUUUAAACCAACAACUGAAAACAAUGCUGGUUUUCAGGAGCGACAAUGUUUACAUUGCAGGGUGACAUGCCUCUGGUGGCUGCCUUCCACAUAUUGUGCAAUACGGUAAGCUAAAAGCUUUCGACUUCUUUUCCAAGGCCGUGUAGGGAGGCUGUGUGAGUUUCAGCCAAUGGAGGUGUGGGUAACGUUUCAAAAACAAAGUAUAAAAAUAGAUUUUCCACUAUCUCAGGGAAACAACAGAACGUUUCACGUUUCCUAAAAAAAAAUUUGAAAUGUGAAAAAGAUUGUUUGAUAUUUGAUGGCUUUUUCAAUAGCAGCAUUAGCUGUCACACGCACACACAUUAUUUCAGGUAAUGAGCUCAGGUAACUGUGUUUGUGACUGAUUAGUGUAUUUUUUGUAGGGUACAAUGACUUCAGAAGAGUUUGUGGACUUUCCCAGCCGAGAAAUGUCAAAGAAUUGGCUGUGGUGAUGUGUAAUACUGAACUGGCUCAGAAAUUGAUAGCUCAAUAUGGCACAGCGGACAAUAUUGACAUAUGGACAGGUGCUGUUGCUGAACCUCUGGUCAAUAAUGGGAGAGUGGGUAAGCUGUUGGCCUGUUUGAUCGGAGACCAGUUCCGCAGGACACGUGACGGGGACAGGUAACUAAUAAAGUUAAUCAAUAACAAGCUUAUAUUAUUUCUUCCUGCCUUAGCUAUUCCAGAUUACUCACCUUUGCUCAUAGUUCUCUGACACAUACCAUUGUAAAUGACUCUGUAAAUUGAAUUCAUCCAGUUUUUUCUUCUUCAUCUUCUUCUCAUCUCUGCCAAUCCAUAAACCGUCCCUCACAUUUUUUAGACUAAAAAUCCCAUCUCAUGUUUCUAAAGACCUUAAUUUACUCCAGGCUUCCCCAAACUCCGGCCAUCCAGAUGUUGUUGAACUACAACUCCCAUGAUUCUCAGCCUAUCUAUUUCAUUUAUAGAAUCAUGGGAGUUGUAGUUCAGCAACAUCUGGAGGGCCAGAGUUUGGGGAAGCCUGAUUUACACUAUGACAAUGCUUUUGUUACACAUUCUGUCAUUCUCUCACUCAUCAGCUCUAGUUUACAUUCUUACUUAUAAAAAAAACCGAUGAUAGUCUGAGAGAUAGAGUUAGGACUUAAGUGUUUUUCUCCAAAAAACCCCAGCAGCCCACUGUCAUACAACCAGCAGGUAGGGACUAUUUUAUCAUUUCAAAGCUUCAUCUCGUACCAUCUUUUGAAGUCUCUUGCACAUGCUGUUUAAUUAAUCCAUGAUUGUGCCCUAAAUUAAUCUAAUGAUGUCACGUAAACACUAUUUCACAAGUGAUAUUGCUCAGGACUUAAUGUUGUGAAUGAAAUGUUUUGUCCAUAAAACGUAGCAAUCUCAGCUUCUGCUGACAGUCUGGAUUAUAAGAAUAUUUUAUAAUGGAGCUGGCUUCUCUUAGUAAAUGGUAAUAUUGUUUUUUAUCAUUGAGACAGCUUGUUUAAUAUAUUUAGUUAUCAACAUUAUUUCUCAUUUCAGCUUUUACUAUGAGAGGUCGAAUCAGUUCACAGCAGCUCAACGGAAUGCUAUAGAAAGAGUGACAAUGUCACGGAUAAUUUGUGACACUACAAAGAUCACACAAGUUCCUCGGAAUGUCUUUGUUGCUAACACAUUUCCAAGCAAUUUUCUUAACUGUUCCAGUAUCCCUGCACUUAAUUUAUCCCCUUGGAGAGGAAGAAAGAGUGGAGCAGGUAUGAAAUUGAGAAACUGAGUGUGGAUGUCUUACUAAUCACCUAAAUUACCAUGGUCUGCUCUUGCAGGCAAAUGAUCUGAGAUUUUACUUAGAUCUGAGAUCCACAUGUCAAAAAAAAAAACCCUAACAAACCCAAAAUAAAAAAAAAUAAAAAACAGAUUAUAAUUUGCUUGAUUAUAUAUUUGCUAUUAACCAGGCUGACAACAAACAGUUAUUUGACAUUGUUUGUUUAUUAGAAACCCAUAACAUUUUUAAUAAAUAGAAUUAUUCAAAUUGGCUAAAAUUAUUUGUUUCUAGAAAUAACUAAAAACAAUUUUUAAAAAUGUGGCCAUCGUUAAAGUAGAAUAUUACUGAAUAAUGAUGCUAGUGUACUGUUUCCUAUUGAGUGAUGCCACUGAUAUGCUGGUUCCUAUUGAGUGUUGGCACUAUUAUACUAGUUAUUAUUCAGUGAUAGUGUUGAUGUGCUGGUUACUGUUGAGUGAUGUAUCUGAUAUGCUGGUUCCCAUUGAGUGAUGGCACGGAUGUGUUGGUUCCUAUUGAGUGAUUGUGCUGAUAUGCUGGUUUCUAUUAAGUGUUGACACUGUUAUGAUGGUUGAAAAAGAGGAGUUAAGGGCUGCGCUAUUGUACAGAGAACAGUACCAUAAACUAUUAUACCCAGGUUCUAUCACUUGCCGAUUAUACACCUCAACCAAUUGGUUUCUAUUUUAUGGUACUGUUCUCUGUACAAUAGCGCAGCCCUUAACUCCUCUUUUUCUUUCUAUCCUACCAAGGGUCUUGAGGGAUUCCCUUUUUAGGGUUGCUGCUUUCUUCUCUGUUAUUAAGCACAGACUCUUCCCCUCUGUUUUUACUGUUAUGAUGGUGCCUAUUGAGUGAUAGCACUUGUGUCCUUGUUCCUGUUGAGUGAUGGCACUGAUAUGCUGUUUUUAUUGAGUGAUAAUGUUGAUAUUUUUGUUCCUGUUAAGUUAUGGCACUGAUGUUCGGGUUAAUAUGGAAUAUUUGUGCAAAUAUGGUGAUUAUUAUCAGUGCAAUAGGAUAUGUUUGAAAUAUCUUGAAGUUGCUUUUAAAUAAAAGCAAACAAGAUACAUAACUUGAUUUAAAGCUCUGAUUUCCAUUUAUUUUAUAAAGCUGUAGCUAGCUACUUUAUUCAGAUAUAGAGAUAUUUGAAAAUUCUGUCGACUACUCUUUUGUUAUGAGCUCCCGAGAUGGAAAUUAUUGGAAGACUUGUAUAAUAUCAAAAAGGCUUCGUUCCUUUUUACAGAACAUUUGUCACGUAGAUCUGGUUUCUCUAUUAUUUUUAUCUAUUAGUUUUUAAGAACUGUGACAUGUUAAUAUAGAACUCUCAGUUUGGCUUUAACAAAAAAUAGAUGUAAAAAUUUAGUUUUAAACUCAACUUUAAACCAUAAACCACAUUUAAACAAGAAUUUCUGUGAAGCACUAGACCAGAAUUAGCCUUAUGUAGGACAUGUAGUCUUCAGAAAGACUGUCACAUCAAAGAUCAAUGGAAAUAUUUAACACAAAGGCACAAUUUAAAUAAGAGUCGAUGGAGGGCAGGAACUGGUUCAUACCAAGAAGUAUGGUUCUAGAAUACUAAUCUUGAAAAAACCCUCCAAUUACAUAACCCAGAAAAAUAAUGAUUCGCCAUUUUUGACAAAUUAUCCAGUGAAACUGCUGAAAUCAAUAUCUAAAGAUGGAUGAGCUCCGGUUACAGACUGAUAGUUUUGCAAGAUAAUUAAUCUCAAAAGGCAGAUUGUCUUUAGAGAUUAAUUUUCUUCUGAAACAAUAAAUCAGGACAUGAUUUAUUGGAUUGUUGGAUAACUACUAUAUAAGUGAUUGACAAUAGCUAAUACAAAAUGUUGCUACACAAAACAGCAUCAUGACAGAAUAAAACAAUAAGGGAUAAGAUUUCGUACUUGAUAUUAGUAAUCAGUGACGCUUCAAACUGUUAUUUUUUGCAUGAUCAAACAUGCAUAUUUUGUGCCAUUACUCCAAUUACUCCACUUUACUUCCUCUACUCCAAAGAGAAUGUCUUGAGACAAUGAUAAGGUAUAAAACACUAUCUAAAUGAAUACACACCAUGUCAGUAUACAAAUAAGUGGAAACCACUUGACGUUUUAUAGAGAAUGUAAUUUUAUAGAGUAGAUGUACUGUACUUACACAUGCAGUUCCUGUUCUUUGUCAAAUGUAUUUUGAGAUCAUGUUGCAUACCCAUAGUGGCUCCCAUUAUUUCCUAUUAAACGAAUGGGAAAAUAAGCACAUUUGAUAAUUAACAUACUACACAUAUGAGUGUUGAAUAACUCUACUGCAGAACGUUUUAAAGGAAAUAAGAUUGGCCGAGAUUUUUUUUUUAUUUUUUUUAAAUGCAAAUAGUUUAAUGCAUUAUCUGGAUAAACCAUUAGAAUAAUCAAAAAGUCAACUGCAUAUGUCUUAAUGUCAUUAGAUGUUUGAAGUAUUUACUAAGUAUUAAUGUAUUGUGCGGGGUUUUCCCUCUUUUUUUUUUUUCAGAACUUGAGGAUCAUGAAGAAUAAAUACAGCAGAAGACGAUAUUUGACGCUGGAUGAUCUCUUUGAGCAUCUAUUAUUUAUUGUCUAUAUGUCAUUAGGGAAACAUGGAUGCUCCACGCUGACCAUGCAAAACUUUAAUUUGAAACUCGGACCUGCAAUAUUUGUGGAAAUAAUUAUAUGUUAAUCUUUGGGAACCUCUAGACUUUAAAGAAACAGUUAGAACACCAUAACCACUACAAAAGGCUGAGCCAAUGAGCUAAGCCCUGCACUGCUAGACUUGGCUCAGACAGCGAGCUUUCGGUGGAGGUGGGGACCGGUUCUAAAAUGGUUUGACUAUUUCCAUUGGGGGUUGCCAGAGGUUAGCGCACUGUAGUGGUUAUAGUGCUUGGAGUGUUCCUUUAAACCAAAGAAUGAAUAAUAUGUAUCUAAUCCUGCAUAUCUGCCCCAAGAUAACAUGUACAUUAAACAUAUCAGAACUGUACUUUUUCUUCAAAUAUUGGUAAACAUGUAGAUGUUAAGGAAUAGGCGACCUAUGGCACUCCAGAUGUUAUGGAGUACAUCUCCCAUGGUACUUUGCCAGCAUUAUGACUGUAAGAAUAUUAUGGGAGAUGUAGUUCACAAUACUGUAAGAAUGUAAAAGUAAACAGUGAAAAGAGAAUGAAACGUGACAGUGACUGUAAAAUAAAAUCGUUCCACAUGGAUCAAUGAUCCAGCAGAUUAUAUUAAUAUAAGGAGUUCUUUACUAAGAUGCCCUGACUUAGACUAACUAUAUACAAGACACAAGAUCCAGCGCACUCUCUCUUAUCCACUAAACAACAAUUUCAAGUCUUACAAAAUGUAAUGCAUUUAUUUAAAAACACCUCAUCUAGGCAAAAAAUAAUAGCGGUUUUAGUUACAGGAAAUGACCAUACAUUGCAUAAGACUGCCACAACAUCAAUGUCUUGGUUUUAUAUAUAUAUUAGACUAACUAUAGUGAGACAAUUGUCCAGUGAUUCUUAUGUUAUCGUACAUUGACAAAGGGAGACUUCACGCACAUAACUUCUUGAAGCCCAAUCCUCAGAAAAAUACCCUUUAAUCCAUAACACAACCCCCGGAGGCAUUUUCUGAAUAAUUCCUAUGGUCCAGAAUAUUAGCCCAGAAGGCCUAACCUUCAAUGGUCCGUAACCCUCUAAGAUUAAUAGAACAAAUGUCACUGAAACUCACCAAAAUAUGUCUACAGACUAAAAUAAUUACAAUAAAGAAACUUUCAUAAUUCAGGAUGACUUUUUCUUAAUCUUUUUUUUAUUACCCGGGCAGUAGUAUUACAGGUGCAGGAAGAUUUUUACUGUGUACAUAUGUUAUUAAAUCCAAUGGAUGUGUGCAUUGAUGCAAAGGACAAUUAUUGGUUUGUUUGUUUUUUGGCUAAAAUAGUUUUCAAUAAUGUCAGUGUUAUAUUAUUACAGAAAAUGUCCACAUCCAGGAUAUGUCCAUCCAGUUUCCAUAUAAGGAUACAUUAAUUGUGAACAAUAUUGAUACUUCCCUUCUCUGCUCUCCUACGUUGUGCUAUAUAUGUUCACUGAGCGCUUGAGAUCACUUAUUAAUUACAUUGUUUGUGUAUUAAAAAAACUGGCAACAAAAAA